AUGGCUACUCAGUCUAUCUCCUCGUCUCUUGCUGUCGAGACUGGUCACAGUCCUGUGGAAUCCCCAACUACAAACACUGAUCAAUCCGCGAACACCGCCCAGCAGCAGUCACAGGUUGUUGUAGACGGGUUUAUGCUUGAGCGUUAUAUAGCGGAGUCCUGCCGAACAGAACUACCAUUUGCGGACGUGCUCAUGAGGUCAAACAAGUGA